AUGUCCCAGUCCACACCAAUGGAAUACACUCCCCUCCUCCUCAAAGGCUUCUCCGCCUGGAUCGUCUAUCAUGGCGCAUCGCAUGUCGUCCGAGGGAUAACAGAAUAUCUCCCACAAAUUGAAGGCGCAAAACUCCCCCCAUCCACCGUCUCCCUCAUGGACUCACAGAUCCGUUUCCUGGGUGGAACAUACAUUGGUUACGGCGCUGCGCUAUGCUGGACAUCAUACGAUAUCAGGGAAAGACAGUUGGCUUUGAAUAUUCUCCUGGCUGGCUUGGCACUAGGCGGUAUUGGGAGAGCUAUUUCAGCUGGGAUCUUUGGCUGGGGAUUUCCGUGGGUGCAACGAGCUACGAUCACCGAGAUUGUCGUACCACCUUUGGUCUACUGGUUUGGCUCAUGCAAGUAUGUUUAGUUGGUGCACGGUUGGGCUAGGUAUCAGUCACGAGUUCAAAUUAUAAUCCUUGUGACCCAAAUUGGACACGUUGCUAGGGGUGAAUAAGAGGUAGUUUGCAUAAAACUUGGAAGUUUCAAGAUAUACAAACAUUGUGG